AUGGAUGCCCUCCAAAUAUUCUUCCGCUGCUACUGGCCAGCAUUCUACUUUAUCUGUUUGUGUCUCCAUCUGACUAUGUACACUUUGAUCUACCAUAGGACGAGUAGGAUACUGACGACGUUGAGAUACUUUCUGUAUCCGGCGACCACGGCGAAUUUCGUAUUGGCAACGCUGGCGUUCGCGACGCAGACUAUGGUUACUGUAACCGGACUGAUCAACCUACACACACUCUGCUACCGUACCAUGUCUCUCAAAUAUCUAGAUUCCUAUGAAGCUGACAAGGCGACUCUGAGAUUCUCAUGGCAUUACCUGAUCCCGCUGGUCACCCUGAUUUUAAGCUACCUACCGCCUCAAAACCAUGCCAACGUCUACAUGGAGACUCUCUUUCUCCACCCGGACUACAAUUUUGAGAUUUACAAAAAUUUCGGAGGAUUCGCGAAUUCCCACCAUUUCUGUAUGACUUUCAACACGUUUGCACUGGCACUGACCACAAUUUAUGUGCCAAUUAUUGGAUCCUAUUGGAAAUAUGUGGCGCUGAAAAUAUUGAGAUCAAAUAUCUCGUCGAUGACAUCGAAUCCGAGUCGAAUCAUGCUCGAGACGCUGAUUAAGGGUCUCAGUCUCCAAGUCCUCCUCCCCUUAUGCUGCUAUGUGCCUGUUACCAUUGUCUACGUCUGGAAUAAGUACUCGGGAACCCAAAUCCUAAUUUCUCAAUACACGCUUCCUUUCUUGGGGUCUCUACCGUGUAUUUUCGAUCCACUGCUUCAGAUUUAUUUCAUUAUGCCUUAUCGAACUACCAUUAGGAAUUUCUUCGUCUGUAAUCCGUUGACACCGAUUUCGAGACAGGCGAGAGGUGAGUUGACGAGACUCUACGAGACUAGACGAGACUAG